CGUCCCUUGAUCUCAUCCCCUCCCCCUGCCCGCCGCAGCGUCAUCUCUCCCACCGCCCCCUCCGUUCUCCACCGGCCGUGCCGCCGCCGCUCUUCCCCCCGCACCUCCCGUGCCCCACCGCCCCAUCCCUCCUGAAUCCAGACCAGGCCCGACUGAACUUGCGUGCGAACGAGCCGGACGUCUCCUGCCCCGCCUACGCGCGCGAUGGCCAACCCGAUGUACGGCUCCGGGCCGCUUCGAUCCAGGAACACGCCGAGCUCGGACGAGAUCCAGCUGCGGAUCGACCCGGUGCACGGCGAUCUUGACGAGGAGAUCGACGGGCUGCACUCGAGGGUUCGCAUGUUGAAAGGCGUUGCCCAAGAGAUAAACUCCGAGGCCAAGUUCCAGAAUGAGUUCCUCAACCAACUGCAACUGACCCUUACGAAAGCUCAGGCUGGAGUGAAGAAUAACAUGCGAAGGAUGAACAAAAGCAUCAUCCAGCAGGGCUCCAAUCAUAUUGUCCAUGUUGUCCUAUUUGCUCUGUUAUGUUUCUUUGUUGUCUAUCUUUUGUCAAAGUUCUCUAGAAGAUAGCUCUUCUAUUGGUAGGUGAAGCCAAAUCGAAUCAACUGAAAUGUACCAUGUGUUGUAUUUAGUCUCAAAAGUGUGUUGCGAGUAACGAAAUGGAAUGGAAAAAGGGACUGGAUUGUUUACAUCGUA